AUGAGCUCCCCAUCCACUAUAUCUACUCUAUCCACUCCAUCUGCUUCGGCUACUCCCGAAGCCACAGAAACCCCCCAAGGAUCGCCGCACAGAAGUGAAGAUGCAUAUGCACAACUACCUUUUUACAGAGUAGUGUGGCAACACCAGACAGAGAUUGAACUGGCCCAACCUUUAGCAAUGAAAUACGGUAAAGUGUUUGAGAGCAAGAUCGAUGUUUGGAUUUACCUCACAAAGACUACUCGGACACUCAUAUUCCACUCUUACCAUCCGGAUGGCGAGCCUGACGGUGUCCAUGUUGUUGACGAACUCUUGGAUAAAGCGAAACCUUGUUUUGCGUUCAAGCUUGCAAAAACUCCGAUGGAGAUUCUGGCCCUGGCCAUAUAUUAUUUCAUGAAAAAGGGACUUACCGAAAACUACGACCUGGCACUUACGCCGCAUCAAGCAGACCUUUUAACUGCCAUGUGUAGAGGCAAGAGACGUUCCAAGAUCGUCGUUCUCAAAGCCGAGUCUACACCAACCCCACCACCCGAAGGUCAUCCCAUUGAUCGCUACCUUCAUCUAGAAGAUGAGGAGAAAGAGUUGAGCGAGGAUCUUAAGCACUACAAUUGCCGCGUGAUGGAAAUGCGGCGACGUGUGAUAGAAGCCCAAGCUUUACUGAAGAAGGAGGAGAAGGAGGCUGCUAAGGUGGUAGAUCACAAAGAUAAGAGCGAGGCAGAGAAGAAACGGCUAUGGGAUACCAUGUCAAAAGAGGAUGUGCAAGAGCUUGGUCGACGUGAUAGCGAACGAACAGAGAUGUCAACAAGCAAGUCAAGCUGGCUUGAUUCUUAUCGAUUGCAGAUCACAGACCAUUCUCUGGGACGUGCCACUCUUGACUUGCUUGUUGACAUCUCUGCGAACGAAAGAGACUGA